AUGACAGACCUCGCCGCCGCGAUCCGGUCCGCGGCGACCCGGUCGACCCAAGACCAAGUCGACGCUCAAGUUACUGCCUAUCUCGAUACACACUAUCCCGAUCUCGCCUCGCUUGCUUCGCUCGCGGGACCAAGCAAGCUCGGACGCACUCUAUCCCAAGAUGCCGAGUACUGGCGGGGACACGAGGCCGACGCACACGCAAAGCUCAAGGUAGCAGAGGCCGCCCUCCCGUCAGCCAUUGAGAAUGCGCAAUCGAAAUUGAACAGCGUACUGAACAGAGCUCAGGUGCUCACUCUCGAGCGAUACUCGCUCUCGGACGAGGUGGGCCGCCUCAUGUCCGAGCUCGACUCGUCUGUCAUCUUAGACGACGGACCAACGAAGCGUGACCCAACCCUCCUGGAGCGUGUGGAAGAUAUCCACGCCUCGAUAGCUCGCAGCCGCGCCACACUCGCGUGGGCCAGUGUUCUCCAACGAAUCCUUUUACAGCGUGAUACCGUCCUAGAUCCAGCAGGACACAAACCCUCAGCCCUCGCGGCAGUCCCGAUAUUCCGCCGCCUCGUGUCCAGUGUUACUGAACUGGAGAAUAUCCUGCCUCCCGGAAUGGCGCUUGUGCGUGUCCUCCGCUCUGUGCGCGACGAUACCUGGACACAGCUCAAGGACGCCAUGUCCGCUACCCUCGUCGCUGCGUCGGAACCCCUCAAGUGGCCGCUGCGGGUUGAUUAUGCUUCUGUUCCAGCUGGCGAUCGACGUGCUUUCGAACACGCCUACGCUGACCUCUUGGCGCUUCAGGCCGAGGGCGAGCGCCUCGGUCUCUCCCAGCGAUGGGGAGAGCCGGCAUGGGCCAGCGGGGCCGGAUUGUAUCCCAUCCAGGCGCUGGUGAAACCUAUCGAAUUGCGGUUCCGGUACCACUUUAUGGGCCGGCGGGACACGAACCGCGUCGAUAAACCCGAAUGGGCAUUCGCCAGCAUUACCGACAUGGUAUUUGAACACACCCAGUUUAUUGCCGAUUACCUCCAACCUCUCACGGCGCGUGGCGGCUACGGGAGAGUAGAUGUGCGGUCCGAGCUGACCAUGCUCCUCUUCCCGAUCCUCCUCACGUUUCUGCGCACGCGCAUGCCCCACCUCGUCUCCCAUCCUGCACUACUGGCGCAUACAGUGUACCAGACGGUAUUAUUCGAUGACGCGGUGCGCGAGGGUGGCUUAGACCUUUCGCGCACGAGCUGCGGCGGCACCGAGUGGGAUGGUCUGGCCGGCGUCAUCCUCCGUGAAGGUGACUGGUUCAACGAGUGGAUAGCUGGCGAGAAGCGUUUUGCAGAGACGCAACUGAACGAAAUCAUCUCUUCCCCAACAGCGUGGAUUAUCAGCGAUACAAUCGAGGACGACGACCUGACCCUUCCCACGACCGAGAGUGCGCGCCAAGUCCGCGCCCUCCUUGAAAGCAUUACCGACCGUUACUCGCCGCUUCCUGCGCUCGAGAGCCGCGUAGCCUUUGUCAGAGUCGUCCAACUUCCUCUCUUGGCUGCAUAUCAUGCGCGUCUCGCCGGAUCGCUAGACGCGUUCGAAACCCUUUCCAGCGCAUUUGUCCGCGCCGUCCCUGGCGCGCUGGGACAGCGCGCUCCAGACGCCCGUCUUACAGGCACUGCCGGCCUCGAACGCCUUCUCAAAGCAUAUGUGAGCGCCGACUACACCCUCGCCGCUCUCCGCGCAUGGAGUGACGAUAUCCUCUUUGCGGAAAUGUCGGCUGACCUCGCCCCGGACUCACCCUCCCCACCUUGUGUGUGGGAGAGCAUGGCGCAAAAGUAUGCAGCGCUGCGCGCACGGUCAGAAGACAUGGUCGUGCGUUUGGCAAGUAGCCAAGUCGAGUCGGAUCUCCGCGACCACCUCACUCGGAGAUGGGAUGUCGGACUCGAGGACGGGCCCGACGCAUCACCAGAGCCCGAGCCCGAGGGCGCCGACUCGUCCCUCGUCGCUGGACUGACCAGUUACACGGCGUUCCUGAGCCUCUGCGCCAGUGCGCUUCCGCGGCCGGCGCUCGCACGUGUGUAUCGCCGCCUCACAGCGCAUCUCGUCAACCAUAUCGCCCAGCGGGCAGUGUAUGCCGGAUGGUCCAAGUUUACAGCUGCUGGUGGGCGCGCACUCGCUGCUGAAGCCGGUGAUUGGCGCGCGGCCGCACGGCAGGCAGUUCCCGGCAUCAAGACGGAUGCGGCGUGGUCCAAGCUCGUAGACAUGGCCACCGUACUCGCGCUGCCCUCCGGUGGGAGUGGGGAUACGGCGACGUUUGCACAAGCCAUGGCCGCGGCGUGGGGUUCGCAGGGCGCGCUUGAGAGUCUGAACGAGCGCAUUGGUGUCGAGAUGGACGCGGACGAGAUGCAGGCGCUGCUGCAGCGCCGUGUCGAGUGCUGGCGAUAA